UUUUCCUUUGAUUUCUCUCUUUUUCCUUUACCGGGAAGAAGAGAAAGAAGAACAAGAAAAAUUUCAUGAACAUAUUUUGAUUCACUGGGAGUUUUAUUCCUCGAUUUAUUUCUUUUAAAUCUUACCAUCCCUCUCGUAAUUUUCUUUUCCAAAGAGAGGGAGGAGGUGUUAUUAUCUUUGAAUUAAUAGGGUGGCUUUGUCAUAAUUAUCAAUGGCAUUAUCGUUUCCAAUUAGUACUGUAAUUUUCUCAAUUUUCUUCUGGUCGUCCCUUUUGCUGGGUUGCUUUGGCGAUGGGGCUAACAAGGAUCCCUCCAAAAGUGCACCUGGUUGUGACAAUCCUUACAAAUUGGUACUUAAUCUUUUCAAGCUUUGCAUCUAUGUCCCCCAAUUUCUGAUCUUUCUGACCUAAUUCUUAGGUUGAAGUUUGUGAAUCAGGGAGGAAUGUGGUGCAUAAUUGAUGGUAAAGGUUGAUAACUGGGUUAAUGGUGUCGCCGGUGAAACUUACACCGGUGUUACUGCAAGAUUCGGUGCAAUACUACCCCUUGAGGUGGAUAAAAGUGUCAAAUUAUCUGCUAUUGUGGCAAACCCAUUGACAUGUUGCUCUACUCCAUCUACAAAGUUAUCUAACUCAAUUGCCCUAGUUGCUCGUGGAGAUUGUUCUUUCGAGGCAAAGGCAAAUCUUGCACAGUCAAAUGGUGCAAAAGCUUUGUUAGUGAUAAACGACGAUGAAGGGACUAUCGAGAUGGGUUGUGACGAUGAUACCCCUGCUACGAACAUUACCAUUCCUAUUGUGAUGGUUCCCAAGUCAACUGGUGAAAGUUUCAGGAAAGCAUUGCAAGAGGGCCACAAAGUGGAAAUUGGAUUGUGGGCACCCGAUCGUCCAGUCGUGUCUUUCUCGGUUGCAUUCUUAUGGUUGAUGGCAGUAUCGACGGUUGCUACUGCCUCACUUUGGCCAGAAAUAGCUAAAACAAAGGAUUCAGAGCCGCGUUACGACGAUUUUUCUCCAAAGAGUGCUUCCGAUGGUGCAACGAGUAAAGAGAACACCGAGGAGAUCAUUAACAUCGAUGUGAAGAGUGCAAUAAUAUUUGUGAUUAGCGCAUCCACGUUUUUGGUUCUACUCUUCUUCUUCAUGUCGAGCUGGUUUGUGUGGCUCUUAAUUGUACUCUUCUGCAUCGGUGGCGUUGAGGGUAUGCAUACCCUUAUAGUAACUCUCAUCUCAAGGGGCUGCACAUGUCAAAAGAAAGUGACCUUACCCUAUUUUGGGGAAACGACCAUAGUUUCCCUAAUCGUGCUCAUCUUUUGCUUAGCAUUUGCUAUUGCUUGGGCUAUCACUCGAAAGGCGUCAUUUUCAUGGAUUGGUCAAGAUGUUCUUGGCAUUUGCUUGAUGAUAUCAAUUCUGCAAGUGGCACGGUUGCCUAAUAUUAAGGUUGCUACCGUGCUCCUCUGUUGUGCAUUCGUUUAUGACAUCUUUUGGGUGUUCCUAUCACCCAUUAUAUUUCAUCAGAGCGUGAUGAUCGCUGUUGCUAAAGGAAACAAUAGCGGUGGAGAAUCGAUUCCCAUGCUUCUGAGAUUUCCUCGAUUGACUGAUCCGUGGGGUGGCUAUGAUAUGAUUGGAUUUGGUGACAUCCUUUUCCCCGGAUUGCUUGUGGGUUUUUCUCUAAGAUUCGACAAAGAAAACAAAAAGAGCUGGGCAGGUGGAUAUUUCAUCUGGUUGAUGGUUGGCUAUGCAUUUGGCCUCUUUUUCACAUACCUCGGCUUAUAUCUAAUGCAUGGGCAUGGCCAACCGGCACUACUAUACUUGGUUCCUUGCACAUUAGGGGUUUGCGUGGUGUUGGGGCUAAUAAGAGGUGAGUUGAAAGACUUGUGGAAUCAUGGGUCUAGCUCUACCCCAGCGGCUUCUCUUGGAGGUGCAUGAAUGAAGGUGUAAAUUAAUCAAACGUGAGCUCGGUUUUUUUUGGACAUAAUGUGAAUCCUAAUGUAAGAUUAGCCACUUAAGUAAUCUUAUAGGGGUGUUUUUGGGCUCUUGUAAGUCUAUAGUGGUGACAUUCCUUUUUAGCAUACAAUUUUUUUGUGCUUUUUUGUGUGUAUACAUACAUAUUUAGUAUUAUCAAACAAAACAACAACAACAAAAAGAGGAAUAGGAUGGUAAAAUUGAUAGACAAUAAUGAAGUGCUAUAUUAUAAAAAUAUAUAGCACCACAAGUUGUACAUGUAAGUGCUCAUAUUAUAUAGGUGUGAUGAUGUUCCGUCAGUAGAUAUACAUCCGCACACAUUCGUGGUUUAUCUUGCUAACAAAGUUACUUCAUUUCGAAGAAAA